AUGACCCCGCCGCAGAAAAGGUCUACAUCUCCGUCCGAUUCUCCGAGAAGAAAAAAAUUCAAAACAUCAAACCCGCUGGAAGACAAUGAAAAUUACAGAUUACAAUCACUGGAAAAGUCAAUAAGUCAAGUUAAAAUUACAACGUCUGUUCAACUUGCAAAUUCAAGUCAACGCUCCGAUCAAAUCGUAGAUGUUCAUCAUUUUAACGACUUUGAAGAUUCGACUGAAAUCUCACCGUCAGCAUCAAAAAGUACCGAGGAUUAUAAAUCUCUAGAUCCAAAAUCAUCUGAAAGUGAGAUUGUUGAUAAUGAUUUACGUGACAAGAUAAAUAAAAUGACUUGUCUUGAUGGUAAAUUUUUCACAGUUGACUUCGAAAAUUCGAGCUUAACUGGUGCAGUAUUUGCUUUUUGUGAUUUUUGUCCUUCGAAAAAAUCUAUUAAAGAUAUGAAUUUAAUAAAAGGAAAUCUUCAAAUGAAACAUCUCACACGUUAUACGUUGGGGAAAAAAGUCGAUGAAAGUUAUGAAAAAAUUAUGCAAGAAGUACAGGAACAAAUAAAAUUAGUAGUCGAACAGAAUGCAUAUGUUUGCACAACAGCUGAUGUGUGGACCGGAGGAGCACGCCGAUAUUUAGAAAACUUAGCAGAAAAUAAUGAUGAAAAUAACGACAACGAAAUGGAAGAUGAUGAUGAUGAAAAUACCAGCAGUGUCGAAGAAAAUGUCGAUGACUUUGAAAUGCCGGAACUUAGCUCCGAUUUUAGUGAUAGUUGUGACCGAAUUCUUCCAGUACACUGUAGGUGUGCUAGUCACACCUUAAAUUUAAUUGCAUCGACUGACAUAGCUAAAGCUAUUGCUGCUGAUGAAAGGCUUAAGCGUAAGCAUAAAAGCGUGAUGAAUAAAUGUUCAUCUUUGUGGAAACUAUUGCGUUCACCUAAAAAAAGAGAGCUGAUCAAAGAGGAGUUGGGAGUUUCUAUUAGCAAGCCUGUUGUGACAAGAUGGAACUCCAGUUAUGAUUGUUUAACUCAGUUAGUUAAACUUCAAAAUAAAUUAGUUGGUACUAGUUUCAACAAUGAAAUAAAGCCUCUACAGCUUGCAGAUUUCAAUUAUCUUCGCGAAUUUUUAAAUUGCACGAAGCCUUUAGCUAAUGCUAUAGAUACAUUGCAAGGUGAUAAAUGUUAUUAUGGCAUUUUGCUACCCCAACUAGUUUCAGUGAUCAACCAAAUGACUGAACUUAAGAAUAAUGAUGACAUAAUUUACUGCAAAUCAAUUAUCAGCUGCAUUAUUGAUGCAAUUAAUAAGCGGUUUAAAAGUUUAUUCAACUUUUUUCAACCUAACAUCGAUGCGGCUAUUGCGGCUAUUUCCUGCCUACAAUUCAAAGGCCGUUGGUUAUCUAAGUUUUCUGAGGAUGAGCAACGUGAGGUCCAUAAACGCUUUAUAAAUGCAGUAUCUAAUGAAGCUGAGACUGAAAUGUUGGAAACUCAAAAAAACCAAAAUGAAAAAGACAUUGAUGACAAUUAUCAGUUUGGACCUGAUUUAACAAUCGACGAAUUUAGACCGUCAUCGUCUCAAGGUGAAUUGAAAGCAGAAGUCACUCGAUUCUUGAAAACUAAUGAUAACUAUUUGAGCAUGUUGGACAAAUUUCCAUUAAUCAGGAAAAUAUUUUUAAAAUACAAUGUUAUUUUACCUUCUUCAGCAGCGGUAGAAAGGCUCUUUAGCCAUGCAACCUUGAUGAAUUUGCCGAAGUUUAAUAGGCUUAUGGAUGAAAAUUUUGAAAAGAGAGUGUUGUCAAAAGCUAAUGCUUCAAAAAAGUAUUUUACAUAA